CGCCAUGCCGCCGUGGGGCGCCGCCCUCGCCCUCGCCCUCGCCCUCGCCCUGCUCCUGGCCGCGCUCGCCCUGCUUGGCCUGCUGGCCCAGCGGCUGCGGCGCGCCGUCGGAGCGAGUGCUGCGCCGGGAGCCCUCGGCCAGGACCACCGGGAGGAGGCAGACGGCGGAGGCGCCGCGGACAGAUUCAGCGACGGGCGCGAGCCGCUGCCGGGCGGGUGCAGGCUCAUCUGUAAACCGUCGGCGCUGGCCCGGUGCCUGCUGAGCGCCUUGCGACGCUCGACGGCGCUGGAGCCGCUCCCGCGCUCCUGGCUCUCCGGGCCCCACCUGCAGACCCUCUGCCACUUCGUGCUGCCGGUGGGGCCCGGGCCUGAGCUGGCCAGGGAGUACCUGCAGUUGGCGGACGACGGGCUGGUGGCCCUGGACUGGGUCGUGGGCCCUUGCCCCCGGGGUCGACGGGUCACUAACGCCGGGGGCCUUCCCGCCGUGCUGCUGGUGAUCCCCAAUGCCUGGGGGCGCCUCACCCGCAACGUGCUCGGCCUCUGUCUGCUCGCCCUGGAGCGCGGCUACUGCCCGGUCAUCUUCCACCGGCGCGGCCACCACGGCUGCCCUUUGGUCAGCCCCCGGCUGCAGCCUUUCGGCGACCCGUCCGACCUCAAGGAGGCGGUCACUUACAUCCGCUUCCGACACCCGGCUGCCCCUCUGUUCGCGGUGAGCGAGGGCUCCGGCUCAGCGCUUCUGCUGUCCUACCUGGGAGAGUGCGGCUCCUCCAGCUAUGUGACCGGCGCCGCGUGCAUCUCGCCGGUGCUGCGCUGCCGCGAGUGGUUUGAGGCCGGCCUGCCCUGGCCCUACGAGCGGGGCUUUCUGCUCCACCAGAAGAUCGCCCUCAGCAGAUACGCCUCGGCCCUCCAGGACACGGUGGACACCCACAAACUGUUCAGGAGCCGCUCCCUGCGAGAGUUUGAGGAAACCCUCUUCUGCCACACCAAGAGUUUCCCCAUCAGCUGGGACACCUAUUGGGACCACAACGACCCCCUCCGGGAUGUGGAUGAGGCGGCUGUGCCCGUGUUGUGUAUCUGUAGUGCUGACGACCCCGUGUGCGGGCCCCCAGACCACUUUCUGCCGACGGAACUCUUCCACAGCAACCCCUACUUCUUCCUGCUGCUCAGUCACCACGGAGGCCACUGUGGCUUCCUGCGCCAGGAGCCCUUGCCAGCCUGGAGCCAUGAGGUCAUUUUGGAGUACUUCCGGGCCUUGACAGAGUUCUUCCGAACAGAAGAGAGGAUGAAGGGGCUGAGCAGGCAUCGGGCUUCAUUCCUAGGGGGCCGGCGUCGCUGGGGAACCCUGCAGAAGCGGGAGGUCUCUCCCUCUUCCCAUCUGGAGGAGAUCUUUAGCUGGAAACGAUCGUAUACGAGGUGAGACCUGGCCCAAAAACACCCCCGGUCCUGCACGGAAGAACAGGGCUGGACAUGCCAGAGUCCUGACACGGCCGUGAGCACGGGAAGGGGACUGCAGGGCCAGCUCUUUGCCACCGAUUCAGCCCCCUCUCUCUUAAACUGGUUUGUGGAAAGAGAUGGAACUUCCAGUGAGCUGGUGCUCACGUUAUCCUGAGGACACUCCUACCUCAGGCUUAGCUCCACACAUUCCAACUCUUCCUGGUCAGCAACUGGUCUGUCACUGUCACUCUCUCCUGUCACCGACCUUAUAAGCCAAGAAUAGCACCACUUUGAGUCUAUGGACUCAGGAGAAAAAUGCUCUGUCACUUGCAAGGAUUGUAGGGAAAAUGGGUUUCCGCAUGUCAUUGGGAAGCUCUGUCCCACAUAAAUAAUCAGCUCUGUGACCCUGAUUCUUGAAUUGGAGCCACUCAGUGUCGUGAGGACAGGAUGUUUGUGUCUUGGUCCCACUUCCCUCACUGGGCUCUGUGGUUGUGGCACUCUGCUGACUUCAUGCUGUCACAGCUGUGGAAAUGAGCUCCUAGAUCAUGGUGUGGUGCGUCAGUCUUGCGUGAGUGUGAGAAAGGCGCUGGAGGCAGUUAAGUGUGGUCCUGAGCCUGGGUUGGUGAGGGUGACGAGGUACAGAGCAUACAUCUGUGUCUGGAGGACUGAGGUCCUAUCUUUCAGACUCGUUCCCCAGGUCUCGGUUGGGCUGAUCUGGGGCUUCAGGUAGGACUUCAAGCCUAGAGAGAUCUUAAGGACAAUUUUAGGAAGAGGAAGUCCUUGCACACAGGACCUGCCAGACCCUGGCUCAACGAGCCAGACUCUCAGGCACUCUGGCUGCUCCCUCCAGUACCUGGAGAUUACGCCAGAGAGUCCUAGCUAAAGCUGUUUUUCUCCUGCCAUGUGGGCUUUUUCUAAGUGGUAAAGAGUAUAAACCUGGUAUCUUUGGUAUUUUCUAGUUGGUUUCCCUCUUUUCUGACACUACGACUAGCUGCUUUUUUUCCCGGAGCCUGGAGACAGCUGGGACCAGAGAAAACAAAAGUUCCAAGAGGUUAGUUAGUGCUUACUCAGUGAUUUAUGAAUAUUUCACAUUACCACACUUUUUCUGCUCAAUUUAUUCAAAAGGCCAUCCAUGUAGAUGUAGACAAAGCUGCUUCCUGGACCUGGCCACUCAGUGACUUGUUUUAUGGUAUUUGGUUUUAUGAGGAAUAAUGCUGAAGAUCAGAGUAAAACAAAGCAUUGUACAAAUUGAUUCGCAUAUCCUGGUUUGAUUUAGGCCAUUAAACAAUACACUAGGACAUCUGGUUCUAUGUGUUGCUAAGA